AAAAGGGUGCAGAGAGGCGGGUGCACCAAUGACUAGUGAUUUAACUUGGAUUUGACCUUUUGACUCGACGUGACUUGAUCCCAAGCCCAGAUACUAAAAAUGACGCUAUUAAAGAAGUAUGCAGCGCAUCAACUCUUCAUUUAAAAGAUUCCAGUUUGAAUCGGACUGCAGCCAAUCAAAUUGUGCCAGCUGAGACAAAGUUGUGCGUGGCAGUGACGAGCAAAGUCUGCGGGUGGAUUCGGUUGGAGCCCUUGGAAAGAUGAUACCCCAAAUUAUUAUUUUCGGAUAUACAGACUAUGACUUAUCAACAAAAAAAACGAUUGCUACUUGCAAAACACGCGGGAAGGAAAUUACAGACGGAGGCGCAACAUCUUCCAACUUUGUUCGACAUUUGAAGCUGCACUAAGAACGGUCUACAUGAGGAUUGACGACAACCGGGGAUGUUCUUAGUUCAAAUCUAAGAUUCCAGGGUGGUGGACCUUCUUCCACUGAGAUGUUGAGGAUUGGAGAACCAUGGCUCAGUUUCAAAGCUUGAUAUGGAUAAUGAACCUAGCUAUCAUUUUGACACUUCUAACCAUUCAGCGCUCUAUUGCAUGUGGUAGAGCAGAGUACAGAACAGGUGAUGAAUGCUGUCCUAUGUGUUCACCAGGAAACCGGGUACAUAAACACUGUACAGAAUUUACAAGUACUUCCUGUGUCCCCUGUACCGACUCCACUUUCCUUGAUGAACCCAAUGGUCUUACAGCAUGCAUACUGUGUACAAACUGUGACCCUGGCUUUGGUUUGAAGGUAAAGUGGUCAUGUAGACCUUCAUCAGACACUGUCUGUGGGACACUGGAGGGGUUCUACUGUCUAGACCCAACUAAGGAGGGUUGUAGAGCAGCCCAGAGACACAGCAGCUGUAAACCUGGUCAAUACAUCAACCACACAGGAACAAUAUCUACAGAUACUGUGUGUUCUGACUGUACUGGUGACACCUAUUCAAAUGGAUCAUUUACAUCCUGCCAGCCACACACACAAUGCGAUGUCUUGAAGCUUCAGCAAAUUAAACCUGGAACUCAUUGGUCCGACUCUGAAUGUGGACCACAGACCUCCCCUCCCAAAGCAAUAAUAUCUGCUGUGGUGGUGGUGGUACUAGCUGUGAUAUCAGCAGUGACGGCAGUAGCUAUUAGAAUAAAAAUAAAAGGUUCUAUAUCUGGUGAGAAUAUUUUGGGGAAUUGUACAGUUAAAUUUGUUUUAAUUGCCCAGAUGAACAAGUGAAAAACAUCCAACACUGAAUCAAAUCACAUUUUAUUUGUCGAAUACAACAGGUAGACUUUACCGCUUGCUUACGGGCCCUUCCAAACGAUGCAGUUAAAAAAUAAAUACAAAAUAGUAACGCGAUGAUUCAAAGAAAAUACACAAGAAUGGAGCUACAUACAGGAAGUACAAGUAAUAUAUCACACAAGAAUGGAGCUACAUACAGGAAGUACAAGUAAUAUAUCACACAAGAAUGGUGCUACAUACAGGAAGUACCAGUACAAGAUUAAUAAAAUGAAAUGCACAAUAAUGUUCUGAAUAUCAUGACAACACCCCUGUCAAACAGUAUGUUAUUGAGUUCCAAAUGAGUUUCUGUCUCAAUGUUGAUUCUUGUACUUUUCCAGAGAGGACUUUUCCAGAAACACAAAGCCCUACAGAGGUAUGUUAAUGUAUAAUCCCCCAAUACCUACUUAAUA